AUGAGGCUCUUAUCUGCAGUUAUAUUCAUCUAUCUCGAAGUCGUAUGCACCACUGUGAACUCGACCACCUCGACCAGUACCUUGCCUUCCACCGUGAGCACUAUUCCGGGCCACAACUCUACCAUGGCAAACACAUCUUAUUCUAUCAAGCAAACUACAGCCGCCGCCUGUGAAGAUGACCCCAAUACGAACUGUGCGAAGCUGAAAGCUCAGUGCUCGGAUCCACGUUACGAUGACCUGCUGAACAAGCAUUGUCAAAAGACGUGUGGUAGAUGCAGUGUGACAAGUGCGCCAUGCUUUGAUGCUUCUUCCGAGUAA